AUGGAUAUCAAGAAACCAAGAUUUACUAUUGGCAUUAAAUUACUCCUUUUAAUUUUAAUGGUUACCCAUAUCGCUGAUAUGAAAGUCACUACUUCUACGGAGAGUUAUCAUUAUCCUAACCCUACGAAUGAACAACUAAUGCAAUCGUUAGAAGGAUUUGUUCAAUACUUUGAAAACAACUAUAAAUCUUUCAUAUUUGGUGCUUAUUAUGGGCUAGUUCGAUGUGGAGAAUACGUAAAAGCAACUCUUGACGACUACUAUCGCGGAUUAUCUAUUCUAAAUGUUCAACAACUUAAUCGUAUAAAACAAAUCCAUAAAAGAAUUAUUGAUGUAUCGAAGAAAAUUCAACCAAUUUUGGCUAAGAACUCACAGUCCUAUCGCCAGCUUCAUAAAUUGACACAAACUCCAAUUACAGUGCCAGAAGGACUCGUUAGUCUAAAUUUUACAGAACUUCAUCAUGUUGUACUCCACGACGGCUCGCCCGAAUCUAAAAAUUGGGAGAACAUUUCGGAUUCAUAUUUGCAUAUGAUUUCAGGUUCAGGAAAUUAUCAAGUGUGCACAAUUACAAAUACCAGUUGGGCAGACAUAACCAAUUAUCAUACUGACGGCUAUAUCAUUACCCAUCAAAUGUUAAAUAUUCUCACUGGUCAGCAAUUUAACUGCACUGAGAAAAUGGAUAAGCUAGCUAAAGACUUAGGAGGAAUCAAAAAAGUGACAGAAGUACUAUGCACUCAAAUUUAUAAUGAGAUGCAGCAAGAAUUAAAGAAAAGCUUAACAUUUGUCCCGCUACAAGAUUUAUUUUUAGAGCAAAUGUAUACGUGCGGAGCUUGGGGCGGUUACCGAGAAUUUCUGAACAUGGAAUAUUUAUCUAUGUUUUUAAAUUGGCAAACUACAGCAGGAUGUAUUGCAGCCUAUUAUGGUCCAUUCGUUAGUUUACAUCCCAAUAUGACUAAAGACUAUACUGAAGAUGAUAGCCGGUAUUUAUUUGCGUCUGAUCAGCUACUAAUAGACAAGACUAUAACAGGUGAUUGCGAUCAACAUACUACGGCUAUAGGAAUGAGUCUAGUAGCCGCAUUCUUACAUUUAGGUUCUCUUAAAAAUCAACCGUUAUACUUACACACACCGAAGACUUCGGCGAUUCCAGCUCAUAACAGGACGUAUCUAACAUUUAUUAUACUUGGUGUUACUAUUGGUAUAAUAGUUAUCAUUGUAAUGCUUAUGGUAUUUUUAAAGGUGUACUCCCGUUAUUCCCUUCGUAAUAAAGAGUACGCUUAUCAAAAAGUGAAGAAUAAAGAAUAA